GGGAUGCAUUUAGCCCCCUUACAUUUGCCCUAAUUCUGAUAGGCGAGCCAAAAUUCAUCCGCGCGCAGAAUAAAAUGGCCAGAACGGAUCCCCAAUCAUGAUGCUCUCAUUCCACCAGCUUCUACUGUCGGCACCCAUUUUCUUGUUUUCAUUAGAUCUAGAGCUUCGGUCGUGCUUAUGGAGGGAGCAUCGGGCGAUAGUUCCGGCGCUCCUUUAGCUAUAGCGAGAUGGAAGAAUGAUUUUUCUAGGGCUUUCCAGUACUAUCUCGAUCGUUCCACCCCGCAUCCGGUUGGAAGAUGGCUGGGGACUCUCGGUGUUGCCUUGAUCUAUGUAUUGAGGGUUUAUUUGCUUCAGGGAUUCUACAUCGUCACCUAUGGGCUCGGGAUAUAUUUGCUGAAUCUCUUGAUCGGGUUCUUGUCUCCGAUUGUAGAUCCCGAGGUUGAGGGCUUGGAUGGAGCAUCUCUUCCAACCAGGGGCUCAGAUGAGUUCAAGCCCUUCAUUAGACGCCUUCCAGAGUUUAAGUUCUGGUACUCCAUAACAAAAGCUAUUUGCAUUGCGUUUGUUAUGUCCUUCUUCUCCGUCUUUGACGUUCCUGUGUUUUGGCCCAUACUUCUUUGUUACUGGAUUGUUCUUUUCUUCUUGACAAUGAAGCGGCAGAUUAUGCACAUGAUCAAAUACAAGUAUAUUCCAUUCAAUACAGGGAAGCAGAGAAAAUACAUCAGCUAUGGUGAUCCUUACCGUCAAUUAAGCAUUCUAGCACCUGGUCUUUACUCCUUAAUAUCCUUUCCCUUGAACCGAACCUUGUAUGCCACCGAUACUUUUAGGGAAAUUUACAUGCAUGCCACUCAAUUCCUCUCUAUUUACAUAUCUAAUCAAAUUCUUGGUGUAGACUUUACAAUUGUAAUCUCUUUGGUGGUCAACCACAAUUCAAUUCAAGUUUUACUUGAUAUUGCUAUUAAGUAUUUUCCUAAGCUUGAGCCGUUACAUGUAAAGAAUGCUUUUUUGCAUGCAGAGCUUGAAGAUGACUUAUAUAUGGAGCAGCCUGAGGGCUUUAUGGUUACAGAAAAAGAAGAUCAUGUUCGUUUAUUAAAAAAUCUUUUUAAGGUUUGA